GUAUAUAUAGUUUAGAAUCUAUUUCUGUUUUUACUUUCUGUAUAAAUAAAAAAGAAAUCAGAGUUUUGCAAUUUGUUUACCUUUUUUUUUUUUGAAUUUUCAGAUUGUCGAAGCAAAUAUUCAGUCUUUAAACCCUAAAUGAACAUAAAUUUUAAAAAUAUCCAACCUUUGGUUCCAGGUUUUUGCAAUUUGUUUAGUAAAGCUUCAAACUUGGUGGCCUGCUGAGUCUUGCAAUUUAUUUUUUAUUUUACCCCUUGCUGAUUUAAGUGGAUUUAGCUUUUUUUAAAAUUGAGGAUUCAUAUCGUCGACCCUAACUUCGUUUGAGAUUGUAGUGGAAGUAUCAUUUGUGUAUUUACCCGUUCAUUUGUGUACUAUCUAAUCCGCUUAUUUGACACCCCUAGGUGUAAGUUAAAAACGGUUGAGAUAUGUAUAUAUGCGAUAGAAAAGGAAAAGAGAAAAAAAGACUAUUCUCAUUUAUUUGCCGAUGAUUAAGGAGGUAUAUAAGUCUUUGAAAAUGAUAGUAUUUGAAUACUUUGGCUUAUUCGAUUUUUACAUGUGUAUGAUGAUGAUAUGAGUUGAGCUUAAAUGACAGUAGUCAGGAUUCAUAGUUGAUUCUAACUUGUUUUGGGUGUAGUAGUUAUUGUUGUUGUAUUCAAUUUUUACAUGUGAGUUGAGUGACAUAUCGUCUUUUCCGUACUACAAAAAAGGGAAAAAUUAUGUGAAUCACUGAGAGACUAUGAAUGUGAAAGUCAUGAUCUAUGUUGCUCAGACUCUCCGAAAAUAUCGUCGGGUGCGUGUUGGAUCCUCCAAAAGUAGUGCAUUUUGGAGGAUCUGAUACGGGUGCGGAAGCAUUUUGGAGAGUCCGCACAGCAUAGGUCAUGAUAUUCCGAUUUGGGGGUGGUGUUGCGCUAAUAUGUGACUAAACUGCAGAACUAGGUGGAAAGAUGCAAUUCUAGAUGUGUUCCAGGAUAGCUAAAUGUGCAGUUUAUAUUUUCACAUACACAUCCAGAUUCUGAUAAUUGUCUCUUGACAAAGUUCACUGGCACCACAUUUUAUAUUAACGUGUUGAGUCAGUUGUUUCAGGCCAGCAAUGCAAUGUUUGAAUGCAGAUGAUUGAUCAUACAGACAUACACCUUUUAGUACUUACUAACCAGCUGAAACCAUGACCAUUAGGAUUAUCAGAUCCUUUUUCACGUCAUUUUCCAAUCCCGCUACUCUAAUUUCAAAUCCAAGUCGCCGCUAUUUUUGCACUAACCCAACAGUUGCAAAACGGAUAUCCCAAAUUCAAUAUCCUCUACAAUUCCAAGAAAGUUCCUCCCAAAGAAAUCUCAUCGCGGUGUCUAGUCUUCUUAAAAGAUAUGGGUUUCCAGCUCUAGAUCUUACGAACUUUCUCGAGAAGAAUUGUCGUUUACUAAAUCUAGACCCCAUCAAAAUAGAAAAGUCUCUUAAGAUUCUAUUAUCCUUGAAACCAUCUCAAGAAUUCCUUGUGUCCGUGAUAAAUAGUUGCCCCAGGGUUCUAGAAUAUGAUGCUAUAAAGAAAUGGGAAGGAGGCAUCCGAGGAUUAGAAGAGGGAUCCAAUUUAUCCUCCUUGGCUGUGCGGAAUAUUCUGGAGGUCUCGGUGAAGUUUGAACUAGAUUAUGAUUGUGUUUUGGGGUCUCUGAGAUGCCUCAAAGAUUUAGGGGUUAGUGAUAUUACUGUAAAUAAAGUUUUGGAGACACAUCCCAAGGUAACUAUGAUGGCUGCAGACAAGAUUCAUGACUGUUUCGAAUUCAUCGUUGAUGCCUUUAGGAUUGACAAGGUUGGAUUUGAUCGCAUUCUCUGCGUCUAUCCAGGUGUUUUGGCCUUUGGGAUUCAAAAUAAGUUUAAGCGAUUGCUUGAUGAAUUUAAAGUUCUGGGCUUUAACAUGGAGGUGAUCAAGAAACAUGCCCUGAGAGAUCCUAGAAUUCUUGCAUUGGAAGUUGGGGAAUUGUCGCGGUGUUUGGAGCUGCUUAAGAGUUUGAAAUGUAGGGAAUCUAUUAAGGAGGAUAUUUUUCAUGAGGGGGCUUUUAAGGCUGGGUACGAGGUGAAACUAAGGGUUGAUUGCUUACGCAGUCAUGGGUUAACACUAAGGGAUGCUUAUGCUGUGGUAUGGAAAGAGCCGAGAGUGAUACUUUAUCGCGUAGAGGAUGUUGAGAAGAAGAUCCAGUUUUUAGUGCACGUGAUGAAAGUUGAUAUUCAAUGUCUUGUUGAAGUUCCAGAGUACCUGGGGGUGAAUUUCGAUAAACAUAUUCUACCAAGAUUCGAGGUAAUUGACCAUUUAAGAUCAAUAGGAGGACUUGGUGAUGAGGUGGGAUUGAGGGAGUUGAUUAAACCUAGUAGAAUGAAAUUUUAUAACUUAUAUGUCAAGCCUUAUCCAGAGUGUGAAACAAUAUAUGGAAGAUUUGCAAGAAAUGCUGAAGUGAGAAGUCGACAUCCAGUGGGAAUGUGGAAACUUUUCAAACCACAAAAUAAUCCAAAGUCCAAAGAAGAUAUUAUGAACAUUAAGUCGUAUAUGGAUUCAUUGGCUUGAGUUCUGGAUCCUUCCUCUAAAUUCUACCCGAAAAUACAUCUAUGUAGCAUUCUCUUGGAAGAUCCUUUUCUGAGUCUUUGCCACAGCUGAAAGAGGGAUCAAGAUGUGCAUGAUAUAAUGUUUGCUUGUUUUGGCUGGGUGAAUAUCAGUUGAACAUCAAGCUGGAAGUUGGGGAGGUGCUAAGAUCAAAUUCUGGGAUGAUAAUUGGCUGCAUUCAGAGAAACUUAAAGUUAACUUCUCCGUUCUUUAUAGCACCACAGUGAACAAGAAUUUCUUUGUUCGCUAAUUGUUACAAUGAAACAGGGUGGCAGCUAUAGUUCAGGAGGAAUUUCAAUGAUUGGGAAAUUUCAACAAUAGAAGACUAAAGCACCAACAGAAGUUGCUUGUGUUGGAUGGGUGGCUUCCAGAAAUGCAUACUUAACACGAGAUUUUCUUCAGAAGAGAGGCUUUGUAAAGUGCAGCUGGUGUUUCUUGUGUGAAAAGGCUGAAGAGUCAACCGAUCCAUUUAUUACUUCAUUGUGAAGUUUCAUGGCAGGUUUGAUCAGUUAUUUUAUGUCUGUUUGGGGUGCAAUGGUCAUGCCAAUGUACAGGGUCUACUCUUAAGCUAUGUUGCUCGGACUCUCCAAAAGUGUUGCCGCACCCGUGUCGGAUCCUCCAAAAAUGCACUAAAUUUGGAGGAUCCGACACGCACCCAACAACAUAUUUAAAGAGUCUGAGUAAGAUAGCUCUUAAGUUGGCAAGAACAGUUGGCUGGGAAUAUGAAAAGAUUUGGAGAACAGCCCCUAUAUGCAUAUGUGGAACAUUUGGCUAGAGAGAAAAAGAAGAUGUUCUGAUGAGGGCAUAGGAUUCAUCUGUGUUGUUAUAAUAGAUUGUAGGAUUUACUUAAUGUAAAUACAUUAUUUUCUUCAUUAUGUUUAUUAUAUACAGUAUAUAGUUUAAAUUUUAGAAUUGAGACGCAGUAGAAUGCUGUAUGAGUUCUGUUAACUUAAACAUAGUGUUAUAUAUGUAUUUCUGCACCUGUUGUUAAC